CCAUCCACCCUUUGUCCAAAGCCUCUGCUGCUUCAAUGAAAAACCUGGACACUCCCGCAAUUUUUCAUUUUUUUCAUCCAAUUUCGACCAUCCGGAUUAAAACAAACACCAGCCCUUUAUCCCCCUCUUAUAGUCGACCUAUCACCAGUGUUCUGAGCCUCGUUAAAGCUGGUUUUCCUUACCGGGGGUGAACUUUGUUGACCUUUUGGUGAAGCUCAGGCGACCACUUCAGGUCGCUUUUCACGUAUUUUUCAUGUCCCUCAGCAUCUCCACACCUUCCCCUAGGCCUCUACGUGUUUUCCCCAGUCUGUAAUUGCUUCAUUCAUUGUUUGACAAAUUGAAGCCUAGGGUUUUAGGGUGAGCAAUUUGGCACUCUUUGAGAAAUUGCUUUAAUUGAGUGGGGGAAGGAAUAGGAUUGAUUGAGUGCAUGUUUUUUUUAUGUGGGUGAAGCUUUAUUGUCGCCUUGGUGGGCACGGUUUGAUCAAUUCCCUUGUAAUUUAAUUAGAUGUCCAUCAAGUGUUCUACAAAAUGCAUGACCAUGAUUUCUGUUUGAUUUCGAUGUGAUUUUAGGGUGUAUUAGUCGAUAUGUGCGAAUUAGGUACAAAACAAGAUGACAAGUGUAGAGAAGGGUUGGGAAUUGAAGAUUGUGGCCCUGAAGCCAAAGAUCGCCACCGCGAUCUUAGAGGCCCAGGGCGCGAACUUCACGUUGAAGGAGCCUUGGAGAAGCAGAGAGUUUCCCUAGUCGCAUCACGACCAACAUUCACUUUGCUCGAGAGGAAGAUUGAAGCCACGACUCGUAGAUCGCGACCGCGAAGUCAGCCCGCGAUCUCCAGCCUUCAGAAGGCCAUGACAACGUUGUCUUAAGAUUGCGGCCUGUCCUCAGAAGAUCACGCCCGCGAUCUCCCAUCCUCAGGCAACGAACUUUCCCGAGUCCAGAAUGCCUAUAAAUAAAAGACCCAUUUCCCCUUUUGAAGAGAACUGAUUUCGAGAGAAAUUUUUGGUUCUAGAGAGAGAAAAGAGAAAGAAGCUGAAGGAAGGAGAAGAGAAGGAGAAGAAGGAGGAGCUAGGAGGCAUCUUCUUCAACCCCAAGUCUUCUUCUAUUUCUUCCAUGUAUCUUCUUCGCUCCUUUAUGGAGUAGUCCUCUAAGGUAAUAGAAGUUCUAAACCCCAAACCUUAGUUUUAGGGUUUACUAUGUAUAUAUGGAUAUUUUAGGGUUUGAAUGAAUGAAUGUGUUUGUCUAGUUGAUUUUAAUGCCACUCUUUCCUAAUUGAUGAUGCUUGGGUAAUUUUCCCUAAUCUCCCCUCUUAGCCUCCUUUAUGCUACCGCCCUGGGUACGGAGUUCUAGGGAUAGACGGGUAUGCGCCACCUGGCGAGUUUAGGUUAGAUGUGUGAAUGGGGGCCUACAGUGGUCGAGGCGACCGAACCCCUGCUAUAGGUAUCCAACCUAGAUGAAACCCAGGAUGAAAUCUCGGUGUGGACGUUGGAUAGUGUCCAUUGAAAUGAGCCAUAAGCUUAAUGCCCUAGAUACGAUAGCCUUGAUCGAGGUGACUGGAACAUGGGUUUAGGGGAGGCGUACUCAAAGGCGUAUGGAUAACCACGAAAGCCCACAGAAAAGAGCUCACUCACCACAUUCGAUGACCCUAAGUAUCUAUAUAUGCAUAGUGACCCUAAGCUAGGGGGAGGGAUAGUUCCCCGAAGUACCUGCUUUUAGCUUUGAUCAAUCUUUAGACUAGUGUUUCCUCAUAUCCUUCACUCAAACCUCAAAAACUGAUUAACUAAUUACCAACUAGGUGGGAAGUAGGCUAGGGUACCGAGACCCGAGUAGAAUACGACCUUGAUUACCAUUAUACGAUAAUGUCGUUCUAGGUUAAACUUGGCCUAGGAUGGGAUAGUUGUUGAUAUGUGCUAACCUCUGACAAUAGCCUGCAUGAAUUCAAGUGAUCUGGCUCGGGUGGUAGGUCGGGCAGACUACAUUCUCAAUGGGAGGUGGAUCCUUGCAGGGCAGGCCUGGCUAUUUCGGCCAAUAUGGGCCAAGAGAGAAUUGAGGAGGCCAGUUGGUCUCUCCUAUGAUUGGCUGAGCAUGAGGACUAGGUCGGGCAAUGAUUGGGCUUCAGGGACAUUUAAUGGAGCUGGGCGAAGCCAGGUGUGUCCAACUGAGUCAGGAAUUGAUGGGAGAGAAGAAAAGAGUUGGCUCUUCAAUCCCAAGACAACCCAAAUUGAUUUUGCUAAGUAUAAUGGGCAAGAGGAUCAUCUGUAUGGUUUGCGCCAGUCAAGCAGUUCUUCAAAUUUCAACCAAUUCAAGAGGAGCAAAAUGCUUUUUUGGUAUCUUAUCAUUUGGAAGGGGAUGCUGAUCAAUGGUGGAAAUGGGUGUAUCGCACUACUACAAAGACCGGGCAAUCAAUUACUUGGGCUCGGUUUAGAGAAGAGUUGUGGGUUCGAUUCAGACCUUCAGAAAGCACUUCUAACCACGAAGCUCUCGCAAAUAUUAAAUAAACUGGAUCAUUGAAU